UCAUGCUGCUGCCAGGUCCAGAGUCUCUCAUGGGUCCCUGUACGGCCUCCCAUUGCUGCUGUCUCCAUCGCCACACUCUGCCAUGUGCCACUUUCAGGUCUCCUCACACUGCUGGUGUGUUCCAUUUUUUGUCAUAGGGUGCUGGCAGAUUACGGGCCUCCCAUAGCUGCUGCCAGGCCCCUAAUCUGCCAUGGGCCCCUAUACCGCCUCCUCAUGCUGCUGCCAGGUCCAGAGUCUCUCAUGGGUCCCUGUACGGCCUCCCAUUGCUGCUGUCUCCAUCGCCACACUCUGCCAUGUGCCACUUUCAGGUCUCCUCACACUGCUGGUGGGUUCCAUUUUUUG